AUGACGCACAGGGGCCAAAGCCAACAGGACACCCUUGGGCUGAAUAGACCACAGCUACACCCGAAAAACAUCAUGAAGAUUGGAAACUGGAAUGUACGGACAUUAAACGCAAGCGGCAACAUCACACUAGCGGCAAGAGAAAUGACCAAAAAAGGAAUGGACAUCUUGGGCAUCAGUGAAACACACUGGACAGGACAAGGAAAAGUGGAACUGGCAGGAGGAGAAACCAUCAUUUACUCAGGAAGAGACGACGAAAACCACAGACAAGGUGUAGGCAUACUCAUGUCGAAAACUGCAGCAAGAGCCCUGAUUGACUGGACACCGGUGAACGAAAGAAUCCGUUUAGCCAGAUACCACUCCCAGCACAUUAAGCUGACAAUCAUACACAUUUACGCACCCACAGAAGACGCAGAAGAGCAAGAAAAGGACAAAUUCUACAUGAGACUUCAAGAUGUACUAGACAGUAGGAACAAACAUGACAUGCUGAUUAUAACAGGAGACAUGAAUGCCAAAGUAGGAGAUGGAUACCAGGAUUAUGACGGGGUCAUGGGCAAACAUGGACUCGAAUGGCUGAAUAACAACGGAGAAAGGCUGUGCGACAUGAAUGAACUAGUCAUAACAGGAACUCAGAUUGACCACACUCUCAUCAAUCAACGUUUCAGGAAUUCAGUGAAUGACACAAGAGUACACAGGUCUGCAGACAUUGGAAGUGACCACUACCUUGUAUGCACAACAAUCAAGUUGAGACUCAAGAAGCGACACAAGGAAAGGAAAAGCACCAGAAUCAAGUAUGAUACAGCAAAACUGAAGAAUCAAAUCAUCUUGAAGACCUUUGCCAUCCAUCUAAGAAACAGGUAUCAUAUACUGGAAGAGGAAGGGCAAGGAGUAGAAUAUGAAGAGGUAGAGUGUGACUUCCAAGUGAUGGAGCGGGCAUACGUGGAAGUAGCUGAGGCAGUCUUGGGUACACCACGGAAAAAGAAGCCAUGGCUCAGCGAGGAAUCAUGGAGCCUCGAAGAGGCAAGAGAAGGAAUUAAUAAGAAGAUUCUGGGAACACGUUCUGAAAGAGUCAAGAAACAACUAAGAGAGAAGUAUGCAGAGAAGAACAAAGAGGUGAAGAGAAGUAUAAAAGCAGACAAAAGGAAAUGGAUGGAGGACAUCGCAAGUGAAGCUGAAGCCGCCGCAAGAAAACAACAUAUGAAAACAUUAUAUGGAUUAUAUUACAAUCCGGAUCUGACAAGCUCUCUAACAUCUGGAUCAUAA